AUGCCAGCUGGGACUGCAAAUCGCAUUCCUCACGCCCCCGUAGCGGAUACGCACUUGCGUCCCGUAAGGGCUUUCGCCGGUACAGCUGUAAUUGUCGGUGGCAUCUUCCUCACUACGUGGGCGUACCUCAGCUGGAAGGAUAAACGCGCCCACGACGGCUCCCAUGCUGGAUCUGUUCCAGGCUGGAAACAUCGUUACGCCCAAGUAGCCACGAACAACAACUACGUCGGUGCAGAUCAAGUCACACCGCUCCGUCGCGACAUCGACGAGCGCAAGACGAACGGCGCCGGUCCGCAAGUCGAGAAUAAUAGAGACCAGCACAAUCUCACUGGUCUUCGUGUGGGCGACAUUAAGCGCGACCCUAAUGGUGGCCCGAUGCACCCUACCCCCCAGAGGGCACACGCGACUGCUGCGGGGCUGGCGUAUACGAAGAAGGUCACCACGCCGGUUGCGCUGAAGGGUCAGGACGUUAUGGAUGUGGCGAAGGAAGAUGUCUCUAACUAG